AUGGCCCGGUCGUACGGCGGCCGGGUGCUGGCCGCAAUGACCCUGUUGGGCAUCCCGGCGGCCGUGCUGGCGGCGCUGGGCGCGCAGCUGCUGUUCCAGCUGCAGGCGGGCCGCGCAGAGCUGCGGAGACCUCGCGCCGAGGGCCUGGCUCCGGGGCUGGACGCGGGACCCGGGCUGCCCGAGGACGCGGCCGGGGCGCUGCUGCCGCUGGCCGCCGCGCUCGCCGCCCUUUCCCUGGUGCUGGCCCUCACCUGCCUGUUGCUCGCCGCGCUCUGCGGCCACCUGGGCGCCGAGAUGGCGCGGGGGCCCGGCCCCAGCAGGUCUGACUGGUUUCUCUAUGACUGCCGCCUCCUCAGACACGUGGCCCUUGGCCUCUUCUGCUGUGGGAUCGCUGUCUACUUAGCAGCGCUGUCCAUCUACGCUCUGCUACUCUUUGAAAUUGAGACGGGCGCAGCAGCGGCCUCCAUCCUCGGCUUGGGCGCUCUGGCCCUGGUGGCUGUGCUGACUCACACUCUCCUCCGUGCUGCCCGGGCCACCCGCCGUGGCCUCCAUGAACUAUCCCCACCACCCUUUGAGGACGACCCCACCCGGCCCACCGAGGUCUCCAAGGCCAGCCCUGGGGCUCAGCCCCAGCAGGGUACCCACCGCCGUUCCCCCUACAAGUCUUGCCCAGAGCCUGGGAUCCCCCUUGGGCCCAUGGCCACCACCAUGGCACCCGUGGCCCUCGGGGGAGGCCGGGAAGGCAGCCUGCCUGCAUCCCGCAUGCACCGGACCCUGCCAGCUGGCUUAGGGCCCUGGGAUGGGGUCACACACGAAAUGCGCAGCAUGUUGGGCCAUAGGCCUGGGGCUGUGGGGAAAGACUCCACACUGGUGUGA